UUUAUGUUAAUAGAGCAGCGUCCAGUUUCCAGUUUAUGCCAUACAGAUGUUACUUUGAUGACGAUGUAGUAUAAAAGCUGAUCGCACUGAGAUGGGUGUGAUCAGUAGCCUUUGUGCGAUCAGGGAUAACCACGAUGCGAGUUCUGAUUCUGUCCGCCCUCCUGGCCUGCGCAGCCGCAGCGCCCUCUGGAGCCAUCAUCACGCCGCUGGCGUCAGUCCUCGCGCCAGCCGUGGCCAUCCCGGCGGCCAUCCCCACCAUCCCCCCCGGCGACCUCGAGGCCGCCGCCAUCAACGCCCAAGUGGAGGCUGAAGACCGCGCCAGGGCCCUCGCCGACAAGGAAAGGGAGCUCGCUGAACAAGCCGCAGCGGCCACCGAGGAUAAAACCGUCGAAGUCGUCAGCGAAGUGAAAGAGAAAGCCGACGAUUCCGUCUGGACUGAGGAGGAGAAGAAAUGGCAGGCGCUGGAAGCUCUCAACGUAGCUCAGGCUAAGCUCCAAGGAGCUAUGGCUGGAUACGACGGUGCUAUCGCUGCCAACGCACCAGCUCUGGCUAAAUCUGCUCUCGCCGGAACAGUCUUAGUCCCAGCCCCUUACAUUCCCACCGCUGUCUUCGCCGCUCCUGGCAUCGUCGCGCCUGUUGCCAAGGCCGCUGAGCCAGCUAAGCUGGAGGCUGAAGAACCAAAACCAGAGACUCCAGCGGAAGUCGCCGCUCCGCUGAUCGAAACCAAAUCCUCACUACCGGAGGGAGAAAAGACUGAAGCUGUAGCGAUUGAGGCCGAGAAGCCUGCUGCUCCUAAACCAGCUGAAUCAGAGAUUAAACCAGUAGCUAUUCCUUUCUCUUCGCUCCUGGCUGCUCAGCCCUUGGCUCUGGCGGCGCCCUGGACCCUUGGACUGGCCCCUAUCGCCCUCCCCUACGCCGCGAGCACAACAGUCAUCAACGGACAACUGGUUGGUGGACAGGUGCUGGCCCCAACUGUGUUGAAGACUCAAUGGUAGGAGGUGUGAUCGUGAUAUUUUCGGGUAUUGAAGAUGAUGCAGCUAUGGGACGCUAAAUUGUGAUUAAACUUUUCGAACUGA